CUGUGCAGCCGCAAUGGCAGAUCCAGGGGUUUCAACGCCCUGUAAGUGACGAAUUCACUUAUAUCCUAAUUAAAAUGUCGAUUCUUGAGAUAUUUACUCUAGAAAAGGAUAUAUCUGUAUUAUAAGUGCUGAUAUUCUUGAAAUUGUUGUAGGUAUGAAGGGUCCCAAGCCGCUGGUUGUAGUCAUCAAAUUGGGAACGAGUUCCAUUGUGGAUGAAAAGACACAUGAGCCGUUAUUGUCAAUUUUGACUCUCAUCGUUGAGACAGCUGUCAAGCUACGGAAAGAUGGACACAAGGUCGUUAUUGUGUCUUCUGGCGCCAUUGGCGUCGGUCUUCGACGUAUGGAUGUGGAAAGGAGGCCAAAACAUCUGUCCAAGCUACAAGCACUUGCAGCCAUUGGUCAAUGUCGUUUAAUGAGCCUAUGGGAUAGUUUAUUCGGUCACCUUCGACAACCCAUAGCUCAGAUUCUUCUGACGAGAAACGACAUAGCGGAUCGGACAAGAUAUCUCAACGCACAAAAUACCAUUCUGGAGCUUCUAGAGAUGGGUGUCAUACCAAUUGUAAACGAAAACGAUACAUUGGCUGUUGCUGAGAUCAAGUUUGGUGACAACGACACACUUUCAGCUAUCACCGCAGCUAUGGUCCACGCCAACUUUCUUUUCCUUAUGACAGAUGUUGAUUGCCUAUAUGACAAGAACCCACGAACACAUCCAGAUGCUAAACCGAUAGAGGAAGUAGAAGAUAUAGGGGCAAUUCGCGCUGAUGUGUCUAGUGCUGGUUCUUCUCUGGGGACGGGCGGUAUGGGUACGAAGAUCGUUGCUGCUAGGCUCGCAACAUCUGCUGGUGUAACCACAGUCAUCACUAAAUCAUCUUUACCAGGGAACAUCGUCAAAAUUGUUCGCUAUCUCCAGGCCCGCAAAAAGCACUCACCAUCACCCCAGACGCCGGUAACAGGCGAGGAAGGGGAAGACCCCCUAUCUCGGUCAACAGCGUCAUUGGCCCUUGAUGCCUUAGAGAAGCCACCACUACAUACGCGAUUUUUGCCCCUCUCACAACCGAUCCGAGACCGCUACUUCUGGAUCCUCCACGGCUUGGCCCCGCAUGGCACGCUUUACAUCGACGUCGGUGCGCAUCAUGCACUUGCGGAUAAAGCCGGAUUGCUACCAGUAGGUGUGCUCGAUGUGGAGGGCAAUUUCGCACAACAAGAAGCCGUCCGCCUUGUGGUAGUGGAGAGGAGGGCGGAACCAGGUCCAGAUGGUAAACUCUGGGAUGGUCCGGGUGUCGAAGUUGGAAGAGCGUUGGUUAACUACGCUGCGACUGAAAUCAUUCGGAUUAAGGGAUACCGAAGCACACAAAUCGAAUCAUUACUAGGCUAUGCCGAUAGCGAGUACGUAGCAGAUCGAGAGAGCAUUAGUCUGCUGAUUAGGGAGAGCCGACCUGUCACACCAGUUCUAGAUAAGCUAGGCGAGGAUGGAGGAGGUAUGGCUGCUUAUGAGAACGAUAUCAGCUUAUAGAGCAUAUAAUACUCCGUACAGGGUAUAUGGUGUAUGGGACUACGGAGUUUUAUGGUGGUAAAAGAAAAUUAAUUUGGUGAAUACGUAGUUCAUAGAAAAAAGGGGAUAUAGCAUGAGCCGGUGCGAAAAAUUGUCGUUUCAUAGAAAGGACUAAAUGUCAUAGUACUUGUAGAUAGCCGCAAAACGCCCAUAAAUGCAUAUAACUCAAGCCGAUUCCAAACUCCAGGCCUUCUUCCCUUCUUUUUGAGUGUCGAGAGCUUCCAAACGUCUCUUUCUAUAUGUACACCCACCUGGUCAUAACCAUUUUUUAUUAUCUCUUGUCCGUGAUAGUGGAUUAACCAGCAAACAGCGUAUCUUCAUCUCUGAGGUACUCUCCGCAAU